AAGUCUGCCACCGAAGGUCUCACUUCCAGCGUCUUCCAGUGCCUCUCCAGGACCGGACGGGACGGGACGGGACCGCAGCACAGCCAUGGCUCUCCCUGCACUCUCUUUGGCUUUCCUCUUGUCCGCGGCGACGGCAGUGCCGCACCAGAACUUCUUCUACCAGGCUGCCUACCAGCACCAGCCGGCCUACCAGCCAGUGUACCAGCCGGCGUACCAGCCGGCCUACCAGCCGGCCUACCAGCCCGCGUACCAGCCUGCGUACCAGCCCGCGUACCAGGUGGCCUACCAGCAGCCGUACAGCCAGAACGUGGUCCCGAUCCCGCUCGCCCACCAGUACAUCCCGGCCAUCCCGACGCACCCCAUCUACUCCGGGCAAGCCAAGGCUCAGCAAGGUUACUCCUACGAGACCGAGGAUGUGGCCGGAGGACACGCCCAGGUCAUCUACGUAUCAGGACCCAACAGUCAGCAAAUUUUCCAGCAGAGCCUGAAGACCCUCCACUUUGCUGUGCCAAUCUACUCGGCUCCUGCUGCGAACCAAACUGUGACAGCAACGGAACCAACCACGACAACGGAAUCGGAAUCAGUGACAGAGGGAGCCACAGAAGCAACUCCGACCACUACCCCAGCUCCACAGGCUGGACCACUGGGUGGGCCACAGAAUGGACUGCCACAGAAUGGACUGCCACAGAUUGAUUACAUCCGUGCUGAAGUCCUGCCACCUCACACCAGAAUUGUCGUUGGGGAGCUGCCGUUAUUUGCCUACUCUUUCUUUUCCCACGGUCUGCAAAGCAAUAUCCCACCCGCUGAAGCAAACAAGUCUCUCGACAAUGGUAGUAAGACCACUUCAACAACAGAAGAACCCGCUGCAAGCAAAGAAGAGACAGAUGCGGAGAAAUCUGAAGCGUCAACGACAUUGGCACCCUCAUCAGAUGAUUCUGACUCAUUUAGCUCUUCAGACGCUUCCUCAAAUUCAUCAUUGAAUGACAAUGACACUCAAAAUAACAAAGGGGAGAGCAACACGGAAGAACCUGAAUCAGCCACAGAAACAUCAGAGAAAAGUGACAGCUGAAGAUGGAGUUGUUAGAUUCUGCCAUAAGACCAAAAACAGUCUUCAAUACCUGAGUGCUUGAUGAAGCAUGCCAUUGUAACAAUCAUUAUAAAUAUUGAACAUUCAUACAAUUUACAAACAUUUUUACAAAAAAAUUGAAUAAAAAAAAUUUAAGCAAGAUAUGUAUUAAUGUGAAACCCUACACAGAGGUAUGCAAGAAAUGCUUGCAAUUUAAAGAAUAAAAAUGAGUUACCGACUAAUUGUUAGAACAACAAGUUUGAGGAUCACAUUGUAAGACCUGAUAAACAGAUUUUUUUAUGCUUUUGUGUGAAUGCUGCAACCUAUACAGCAAGAAUAAAUGAAUACAGACUU